AUGUAUGACUCUGGCGUUCAAAAUAUUGGUGAGUAUACUAUGAUUUUUUCAGGUCAAUCAAGCAUCAACAAAACACGAAAUGCUCACGGAGUGGCUGUAUGUUUAAAUAAACAAGCAACAAUGGCAUGGCACAACAGUGGAAGUGUAUGGGAAGCUGUCAGUGAACGAAUUUUAAUGGUUCGACUUGCUACGUCUCCAGUCAAUGUUACAAUAAUUGCUAUAUACUCGCCGGUGAAUCCAAAUGGUCAACAACAUGGAGCGGAAGCAGUGGAAAUAUUUUACGAAGAUCUUCAGCGAAUCGCCGAUAAAGUUUCACCACACGAUCUACUUUUACUAAUGGGCGACUUCAACGCACGAGUAGGAAAACAACAACACCAGACAAGUGGCAACAUCGUUGGUCCUCAUGCAGUAGAUCGUAUCACUGAAAAUGGCGAACGAUUAAUAGAUUUCUGUACGGUAAGUGUAGAUAUAUUUCAGCAACAUGGUAAUGGUAUACAACGUAAAGAAUGGCUUACGGAUGAAAUUAUCGAGGCUGUAGAAAAGAAAGCAAACGCAUUUAUUCAAUGGCAAAAUCAUCGAGGCUCCAGGGCAGAACAAAGAUAUCUUCAAAAGUACCGAUUACUGAGAACACUUGUCAAAAAGAAGACUCAAGAUCGACAAGUGCAAUAUUGGGAUGAACGAAGUCAAGACAUUGAAACGGCUAUGAAGAAGAAUGAUCCAGCGACAGCGUAUAGAUUAAUACGACAACUUAAAGGUAGGUGUGCAAAUAUUGAACAUCAUCCAGUACAAGACACCAAUGGACAGCUAUUAAUAUCUUCAACAGCAAGGCUUACCCGAUGGAAAGAAUACUUUCAAGACCUACUCAACGUACCAACAAAGGUCAAUCCUCUCAUUAUACAACAAAUUACACCAGCCAUUAUACCAAGUCACGAAGAACUUCGACAAAGCAUGACACCAUCACUUAUUGAAGUGGAACAAGCUAUCAAUAAAAUGAAAAGUGGAAGAGCACCAGGAAUUGAUGAAAUUUCCGCUGACAUCCUUAAGAAUUCAACUUGCCCUCAAGGAAAUCCAACUUUCUUCAAUCAGACUUUUUCUUUAAAUGGUACUCUCAGUCCAAAUCUAACUUUAAACGUUGGUGAUCAAUUAAUAUUCAAUUUGGCAACAAAUGUUCCAAUUCAUCCGUUAACAAUCUGUCAAAACAGUUCCAUACCUAAAUUUUGUCAAGGAAGUGAUACCACUAAUCAACUUAGUACUCCAAUUACUCAAGCAGGUACUAAUGCUGCUGCUACUUUCAUGAAUGCUGGUAUUUAUUAUUAUGGAUGCAAAAAUCAUCCUGGAAUGGGUGCUAUAAUUAGUAUUGUUCAAACAACUACUUCUACACUACCACCUGGCGGUCCUGGUACUAGACAUAAAUGUUCUGGAUACCUCUUGCUCAUCACUAUUAUCACUUUAAUCGCAACUAUUUUCAUCUAA